GUACAGAAGUAGGGUUUAAAAGCCAUUCGAAAAUCUAUUUCGAAAUACUUUUGCACUUCUCAUUUCAUCCGCGUGGUGGCUCAAAGUAUUUCCUGUUCGAAUUUCGAACUGUCACAAGUGUUAUUUUUUUUAUCAGUGAUGAGUGUUUUAGUAAUAAAAUUCAGAAAACUGGUGAAAUUAUGGCAAAGGAAGUAAGAAUUAAUGACACCUUAAUGGCCAAGUUCAUUGAUGAACUGUCUCAGAAUAAAAUAAUUUGGAAUAAGAGGCAUCGGCUCUAUGGUAGAUCUGACAUACGGGAGAAGGCUGUUCAGACUCUCGCCAAAAAAUUACAGAUCUCACGCGAAAAAGUGUUGAAGCUCAAUGACUAUGUCAAGAAAAAGUACCACGAUCAAGACGUAAAAUUAAAGAUUAAGAAAAGCGGAGGGGAACCGAAUGAUAGUUUGACUGAAUGGAAGUGGUAUGAGGCUUGUGCAUUCCUUGCCACCGGAAGGAGUAUCGCAAAAAACACACCACAGAGCCAAAUAAUAGGUCGGAAGGCUCUUACAGAUAUGCAGAACUCAAGUGUUUCGCGCGUAAUUCAACACGUUGUGGAGGAUACCCGGACUGAACAAAAUCUCCCAGAAGUACUUAUCGAACAUCCCGCUAAUGAUUCAUCAAAGUCCCAAAUGAGUCAGCACAGUUCCUUAGAUUCAAUUACCCAAAAUACCGACGUUGUAUUUUCAACGAUUUCUCCGAGAUAUGAUAUUCCGGAAGCAAGCAGUUAUGAGUCUCCAGGUCCUUCUAAGACACCAGAAAUUGAGCACGAUUCUACAUCUCAAUUGAGAUUUCUCUCCGCAUCACAACAGUCAACGUCCACUGUAACUUCAGCGAUACAAAGGCGAGAGACACUGAUUAAUUCAGUAAUCUUUGCUAUCAGAUCCCAGCUCCAUACCUCAGAUUUUUCAGAGGAGGAUCUCGUCGAUUUUCACAGCGAUGUGAUCCGAUAUAUAAUCAAUUACAGAAAUGCAAAAUAAUGAAAAACUUGAAACAUUUAUUUUUUCUCAACUUGAUGUUUAUUUAGUCUGGAUUUGAAUUCAAAUAAUCUUUGUAAAUGUUCCUUGCCUGAAUUCCGCUUAAUGAUUGGCGUCCUCGUAAAGCUUCCGGAUUUGAAUCAAAACCAUCAAAACUUUCGUUUGGUGUAAGCAAUGGAGUAUCAUUAUCCGCAGUUUUUUUUAAUAUAAUUAUGAAGUGUAACGCAUGCUUUCACUAUUUUUUCUGCAUUUUUUUGAUGAGAUUCUAUUUCGCCUCUCAGAAUCCUGAACCGAUUUGCAAGUAUUCCAAAGGUCCUUUCAAUAGUAUUUCUGCAAGUUCCCAAUCGCUUGUUGAAUAACUCUUUGUCAUACUGUAAAUUUCUCCCGGGGUAUGGCCUCAAAAAAUGUUUUGAAAGUGGAUAUGCUGCAUCUCCUGUUUUAUGAAUAUGAAAUCUUAUAACAUAAUUGUUGCACUUGAUUCACAAAGUACAUAGGGGAGGACGAGAUCGUUUUUUACUUUAAGAAAAUAUUUUAAAAAAAUAUAUAUUGGAAUUUACUAAGACCAAUUUCACAAACGGUAUGAUAAUCUUAAUGACAUUUUUUUAUAAAAUAAAUUCAGGAGUUUUUAUCCGAUUUGUUACUGAGCACUAUGUACUUGUUCAUAGCCAUAUAAUUAUUAUCAGCUUGUAAAGUUACCCUACUCUCGAAAUUACCACAAAAAAAUCCAAAUGACAUUAUCAUACUUUUGUGGAAUUCGCCUUUCUAGAAUCACUUGCAACUAAGAAAAUGGAAAAAAGGCAAAGUUCA